UCUAACUCGAUGGUGGAGACUUUGAGCAAGCGAUGUUUUUCACCACAGAGACAUGUAGCACUAUGAUAUGAGAUGAGCACUAUGAUAGGCCAUAUAAACACAGUAAGAAAUUUACAAGACAUCAAAGAACAUCAGUCAUAAAGAAAAGAAACCUGAACAAUCUCAAACUAAGUCAUGUAAUGUCAAAAGAAACAGUGUCCAAUAGACUAAUUAAUCCAGAUAACAUCCGAAGAUGAGCGUAGAUAUAGCUGAAAUAUGUGAAAAUACAAAGAUGGGGAGGGAGUAUGCAUUGCUGGGAAACUAUGAUACAUCACAGGUGUAUUACCAGGGUGUUAUACAGCAGAUUCAGAAACUCCUUGCUUCUAUCUCUGAUCCUGGGAGGAAGGAGAAAUGGCAGAAGGUGAGACAGCAGGUAGCUCAAGAAUAUGAACAUGUGAAAGAUAUAAGUAGCACUCUACAGAGCUUCAAGACAGAUGCCCCGAGACCUGUUAGUGCAGCUGCACCUAGUAAUCAUGGGAACAAUCCUCGCUAUAACUAUGAAGAGCCCACGAGAGACCCUGAUGUAUGGCCCCCUCCCACACCAGUAGAGCACAGGCCAUCACCAAACAUUCGUGGAAAUCGCCCACCGCCAAAAAGAAAUGAACCAUCAAAGGCCCCACCAGGGCGGGCUCAGGCCCCAUCUGGCAGAGGGGGAAAUGACCGCCAAGACCCACGUCGUGGGGCAAGGCCUGGUUAUGAUAAGGUAGAUAAAGACAGGGGUCGUGGUGACGCAAAAGCUGGUGAGAAAGGCCGAAAGAAAGGUGAAAAGGAUGGGGAGUCAGAGGAGAAGAAAUUUGACCUACCAGGCUUUGACAAGGAGUUGGUGGAAAACCUGGAGAGAGAUAUUGUUUCUAAGAACCCCAAUGUACAUUGGAAUGACAUUGCUGGAUUAACUGAAGCUAAACGACUCUUAGAAGAGGCAGUUGUUCUCCCUCUGUGGAUGCCUGACUACUUCAAGGGGAUAAGACGUCCUUGGAAGGGUGUACUUAUGGUGGGUCCCCCAGGAACAGGUAAAACCAUGCUGGCCAAAGCUGUUGCUACUGAAUGUGGAACUACAUUCUUCAAUGUUGCCUCUUCCAGUCUGGGAUCAAAGUAUCGAGGUGAAUCUGAAAAGCUCGUGCGGAUCCUUUUUGAAAUGGCAAGAUUCUAUGCACCCAGCACAAUCUUCAUAGAUGAGAUUGACUCCAUUUGUUCAAAGAGAGGCUCGGAUUCUGAGCAUGAGUCUAGUAGACGCGUCAAAUCUGAAAUCCUCAUACAAAUGGAUGGUGUGUCGGGAGCAGUAGGAGGUGACGAUGCGUCAAACCUGGUUAUCGUCUUAGCUGCAACUAACUUCCCCUGGGAUAUAGAUGAGGCCUUACGAAGACGCUUAGAGAAACGUAUCUAUAUCCCCCUCCCAGAUGCCGAUGGACGUGAACAGCUUUUGAAGCUGAACUUGCGUGAAGUUGAGCUUUCUGAGACUGUUAAUCUGUCUUCUAUUGCUGAGAAAAUCGAGGGCUACUCUGGAGCAGAUAUCACUAACGUUUGCAGAGACGCUGCUAUGAUGUCCAUGAGACGUAGGAUCCAAGGCCUAACACCUGAACAAAUCAGGCAGUUGCCCAAAGAAGAACUUGAUCAACCUGCCUCAGCCAAAGACUUUGAGGAAGCUUUAGCUCGAGUUUCCAAAUCUGUCUCCAAAGAUGACCUGCUGAAGUAUGAAAAAUGGAUGACUGAGUUUGGAUCUGUAUAAUUAACACUGCAAAUGUUUGAUGACAUGGGUCUGAUGAACAUGUUAUGCAGACAACUAAGAAACCAGUUGAACUGAAACUCUUAAGACAAACCUUGUAACACUCCAAAUAACAUGUAUAUCACAUUUCAAUCAUAACGGGAACAUGGACUUCAUUGACUUCAGAGUAUAAUGGUAUAAUCAUAUAUAUGAUAUUUUAUAAGCAUAUUGAAUAUAACAUUGCUUUCAUCAUCAUCAUCAUAUAGCUCAAUAAUAACAAAAUAGCUUGUAAAUAUGCAUUUUAUGAAACUAUGUAGUACCACUUUUAUUUAAGAAAUAUAGGCAGAAGUGCAGGGGUAAUAUUGUUGAAUACACUCUGCAGCGGGGCUAGGCAGAAACGUUUUCUGUAAGCUUUUGUGCCUAUCCCCAAGGGGUUAUUCGACAAUAUUACACCUGCUCUGAGGUCUAUAUUACGAUUCGAACUUGAAACCUCACCAAAAUGUUUCAAAUAUUCAUUAUGGUCCGCCAUUACUAUGGCCUGCCGUUAUGACGUCACACAUUACUAGUAAUGCCAGGGGUAUUGUUCGUGAAUA